UUGGAUUCGAAUGAUUGUGGAACUCCUUCUCUAACGAAAGAUUUCAGAAGUUGAACAGUGAUUCGGAAAAGCGCGCACACACACAUAUACACACAUAUAUAAGUAUAUAUAUAUAUAUAGAGAGAGAGAGUCGCAAGGAUCAUCAACUUGGAACCCUGGAUGUAUUUUGUUUGAGGGAUUCAAUUCAAUGGGGUUAUGGGAAGCUUUGCUUGAUUGGCUACGAAGCCUUUUUUUCAAGCAAGAAAUGGAAUUAUCUUUGAUAGGCCUUCAGAAUGCAGGGAAAACAUCACUCUUGAAUGUUAUUGCAACUGGUGGAUAUAGUGAAGAUAUGAUCCCCACGGUUGGAUUUAAUAUGAGGAAGGUUACUAGAGGGAGUGUGACAAUAAAGUUAUGGGAUCUUGGCGGUCAACCCCGGUUUCGUAGUAUGUGGGAGAGAUAUUGCCGUGCAGUUUCAGCCAUCGUUUAUGUAGUGGAUGCUGCUGAUCCAGAUAACUUGCCUGUCUCGAGAAGUGAACUGCAUGACCUAUUGAGUAAACCGUCAUUGAAUGGUAUUCCUUUGCUGGUACUAGGUAACAAGGUCGACAAAUCUGAAGCAUUAACUAAACAAGCUCUAACUGAUCAAAUGGACCUCAAGUCUAUUACAGAGCGGGAAGUCUGUUGCUUCAUGAUCUCAUGCAAGAACUCUACCAACAUUGAUACAGUUAUUGAUUGGCUUGUAAAGCAUUCGAAAGCCAAAAACUAAGUCACCAUUUCCUUCAAUUUUUGCAUAUUGCUUUUUCCCGGAUUUUGUAAGGCUUGAUUAUUGGGCUGGCGGGGUUCUUAAUAUCUGACCAUAUUUCUUCUUCCUUCUUUUGCUUUUGCUUUUGUUGGCCCCCCUCCCCCUGUUGGAACCGGGACGUGAUUUGAAAUUCAUACACUGAUAGUAUUCUUACUGGUGCAUGAAUGUGGUGUUUCUAUGUUAAGGAAAUGUUUACUGACAUGAUUUAUAAUUAUUUUUUUUUUUUCGAAAGUACAUAAUUUAUAAUGUUGCUUAUGACA